AUGGUCAAGCUCGAGGCUCUCCUCGUGCUUGGAAGCCAGCUGGCUACCCUAGUUGUAGCUGCAAACUGGUACACUGUCGAGUGGGAUGCACCUCAGUUCACUGCCAUGGAAGGUGACCUGAUCGUACCCAAUCUCCCUCCUUCAGGUGGUACCCCGUAUGUGUGGCCGGGACUUCAAAGUGGAAAUGGUGUUCUCCAGGCAGUUCUGGAUGGGAGAAAUAAUCAUUGGUGGAUUGGGGAUGGUUUCUAUGGAACACCGAGUUUACCAUGGGGCUCCGGUUUUAGUGUUUCGACUGGGCAAACAGUCCACUUCAGUUUCAAGUUGGGGAGUAAUAACAUGUGGACCUGUACCCUCAGCGGACCCAAUACGGCGACGACUACUUUGAAUAUUCCAAAUAAUACCAUGAACAGAGCUAUUCUCGCUGUUGAACUCACAAAUGUGCCUUUCACGUUUGGUCCGAUCAUCUAUCGGAACCUCAAGAUUACAGCAACGACCGCAGCAAGUGGGUGGUGUUCCCGAACUGUGUCUUUGGGAUAUAGCAAGGGGCAGUAUACGGUAAGCGGUGCAAGUGCGAACGGGAACACGUGCAACGUCAGCCAAGUGACUAUGCCUAGUCAUUCAUAA